AUGCAGACGCACCAGACAGGACAAAUAUCCGGACAAGUGCCCCACCAACCUGGUUCAAUGUUGCCUAGGCUGCCUCAGCAAAAUGGAAAUCCUGUGCCUAAUAUGCAAACUCCCGGUGUUCGCCAUAAUGUCCCAAUCAUGGAUCCAGAAAUUCUUCAAAUACGCAGACAUAUGCAAGGGAAGAUCUGGGAAUUUCUUGUGCAGCGCUGUAGACAACCUCAGGACGUUACCAAUAGAAAACUGGGUGAUAUCGUGAAACGUUUGGAAGAGGGUUUAUUCAAGAGUGCUACAACAAAGGAAGAAUAUAUGGACCUCUCAACUCUGGAACAUCGUUUACAUGCUAUUAUUAAGCGUCCCAUGAGUUAUCACAACCAGCAGUUAUCACAUGCAAAUUCUUCCCCUCCUAUUGGUACAAUGAUUCCAACUCCUGGAUUUCAACAAAUUGGUAACUCAAGCUUGGCCGGGACGUCAACUGUAGAUAGUUCCCUUGUUGCCAUGAAUUGUUCAAACACAAUUGCAUCGUCCGCCGUCAGCUCUGGUGGCUUUGCGCCAAUGCGGAACUUGUCAUCAGGAGGUGUGUGCAGUGGUCCUUGUAGUUCAUCCGAUGGAAAUUUAGCCACCGGAUAUCAGCAACCGUCAAAUGCUUUUUUAUCUAAUAACGGUGGGAAUAGAAUGAUAGCAUCCAUGAGUGCACAGAGAAUGACGACUCAAAUGAUUCCCACUCCUGGAAUCAGCAAUUCUAAGAGCAACGAUGCAAAUAUGAAUGCCAGUAACAACACGUUUGUUACGGUGGAGCCGUCAAUUAGUGGUGGUGCAUGUCCCCCAGUCGAGUCUACAAGUGCAUCACAGGCUAUGCUGCAAAAGCAGAAUGCUGGCAGUCAAAAUAGUCGGAUAUUGCAUAAUAUUGGUGGGAAUAUGGGUGGUGGGAUCAGAUCUACGUUGCAGCAGAAGUCCUUGGGACUAUCAAAUAGGCCCAUGAUUGGAGGGUUGGGAAUGACAGGGAGAAAUUUGCCUGUGGCUCAGGGCCCUGGGACCACCGAGGGAUACUUAACUGGGACAGUGAGUGGGACCUCUGCAAAACCAUUGCAUCAACCUUUGGAUCGAUAUCAACGACAUGGAAUGCACGGUGACGUAAGAGGAACUUCUGAUGCAGGGUCUGGUAAUAUGGUCUCUGUUGGGUCAAUGAUGAACAAUCCUAGCUUGAAUACAGGAUCCAUGCCCACAGAAACCCCUCAGAUGAUGACUAGCAGCCAGUCCCAUGUGUACUCUACUCAGCAGCCAACAACCAUGGAGUAUCAAUCAACUCAUCAGCCAGAGAAUAUGAAUUUCCAAUCGCAACACCUCCAGCACCCACAAAUUCUACAUCCUUCCUGUCAGUUAAAUCAGAGCCGGCAAGUUGCUCAGCAUCAAGCUCAACAGGAAAACCAAAUGCGAAACCAGCUUCUGAUGAAGUGUAAUUCUGUCAAUCAUCCUCAGUUGUUGUCCAAUACAUCUCCUGAAGUUAAGCCUUUGGUUAAGACGGAGCUUCUGGACGACAGUCAACUGUCAAACCCCUUCAAUUUACCGGACAUGAAGAACCAGUACCAGCAUUGCUCUCUAGAAGAGCUUCCUGGGGCUUCUCAGCUUUUGUCACAGCCAUCUGGUCAUCCUCAACAGUUUGGUGCUAACUCUCAACAUGAUAAUACCCUUCUUUCUGAUAGCAUUAGACCAGAUGAAUCAACACAUCAAGGUAUGCUCAAUCAAGUCAACAACAAAAUAACCGAGCAAGAUUUAGCUCAACCUAAUAAAUUAUCCUCAGAAGAGUCAGUGAUUGGCCAACCCGACACUUCCCAAUCAGGAGAAGGUAAAUCUAACAUUAGCCGGGAAAAGCAGUUCAAAAACCAACAGAAAUGGCUGUUGUUUCUAAGGCAUGCCCGUCGGUGCCCCGCCCCAGAAGGGAAAUGCCCCGACAAUAACUGCCUGACUGGUCAGAAGUUGUUGAAACACAUGGAAAAUUGCAACGUUUUUCAGUGUAUGUAUCCCCGUUGCCGUGCUACAAAGGUUUUGAUCAAUCAUCACAGGCGUUGUCGGGACGAGAGCUGCCCUGUUUGUGUUCCUGUUAAGAAUUUCGUGCAGGCGCAGCUGAAGCAGCUUGCGCGUUCUGAUUUUAAUUCUGGGAUGCCUAGUUCGGUAGAUGGAUCAUUGGAUCCUCAUGAUACUGAUGAAAUCGGGGGAAGAUCAACUAGAGACACCGGGCCGGUUAAAGCUGAAGCUCUGGAAGAUUUACAACCUCCGACUAAACGCACCAAAAUUGAACAAGAUUCCCAACCUCUUGUCUCAGGGAGUGGAUUUUCUGUUGCAAUGGAUUCUCAUCAUAUGGAGCAGCAUCAUGAUACUCUUCCUCCUUUAAGCGCUGAAGCAAAAAUGAAGAUUCAUGGAAGUGUGGGACAAUUAAAUCCCAAAGAUAUUGAGAUGAAAAAGGAGAUGAAAGAUGUUGCUCGCAUCCACAGUACAGAAGCCGAUCCCGUUGCACCAAAUAAUCCUGCUGCAGUUGGUGUUCAGGAGGCCGUUAAGUCGGAAAAUGAACCGGAACAGGGUAAGAUGGAAAUCACUUCAGUACAAUUGGAGAGUGCAGCCAAGUCUGGGAAGCCAAAGAUAAAGGGGGUAUCGAUGAUAGAAUUGUUCACCCCUGAACAAGUUCGCCAGCACAUUAUGGGUCUUAGACAGUGGAUAGGCCAGAGUAGAGCAAAGGCAGAGAGAAAUCAAGCAAUGGAGCAUUCGAUGAAUGAAAAUUCUUGCCAGUUGUGUGCAGUUGAGAAGCUUUCGUUUGAACCUCCACCUAUAUACUGUACUCCUUGUGGGGCACGUAUCAAAAGAAAUGCACCAUAUUACACUGUUGGAGCUGGUGAAACUCGCCAUUGCUUAUGUAUUCCAUGCUACAAUGACUCUCGUGGAGACUCCAUUGUGAUAGAUGGAUCUACUAUACCUAAGGCAAGGGUGGAGAGGAAGAAAAAUGAUGAGGAGACUGAAGAAUGGUGGGUUCAAUGUGACAAGUGUGAGGCUUGGCAACAUCAAAUAUGUGCAUUAUUUAAUGGUAGAAGAAAUGAUGGUGGACAAGCUGAGUAUACUUGUCCAAAUUGUUAUAUUGAAGAAGUUGAGAGAGGCGAACGCAUGCCAUUACCACAGAGUGCUGUUCUUGGAGCCAAGGAUUUGCCUAGAACAAAUCUGAGUGAUCACUUAGAGCAGCGAUUAUUUGCAAAGCUGAAGCAAGAGAGGCAGGACAGAGCAAGGGUUCAAGGCAAAGCUUUUGAUGAGGUUCCUGGAGCAGAAGCACUUGUUGUACGAGUUGUAUCCUCAGUCGACAAAAAAUUGGAUGUUAAACCGCGCUUUUUUGAAAUUUUCCGAGAGGAAAAUUAUCCAACUGAGUUUCAAUACAAGUCUAAGGUGGUACUCUUAUUUCAAAGAAUCGAAGGUGUUGAAGUAUGCUUGUUUGGAAUGUACGUCCAAGAGUUUGGAGUGGACUGCCAGCAGCCAAAUCACCGUAGAGUCUACCUCUCUUACCUGGACUCUGUCAAGUAUUUCAGACCAGAGAUCAAAGCAGUCACAGGAGAGGCUCUUAGGACUUUCGUAUACCAUGAAAUUUUGAUUGGUUAUUUGGAAUAUUGCAAAAUGCGUGGUUUCACAAGCUGCUACAUAUGGGCUUGCCCUCCAUUAAAGGGUGAAGACUACAUAUUAUACUGCCACCCAGAAAUUCAAAAGACACCUAAAUCUGAUAAACUUCGGGAGUGGUAUUUGUCCAUGUUACGGAAAGCCUCAAAGGAAAGUAUUGUAGUUGAGCUGACUAAUCUCUACGAGCAUUUCUUUGUAUCUACCGGUGAAUGUAAAGCAAAGGUAACUGCAGCACGGUUGCCAUACUUUGAUGGAGAUUACUGGCCGGGUGCUGCUGAAGACAUCAUUUAUCAACUGCAACAAGAAGAUGACGGGCGAAAACCGCAUAAAAAGGGAACUUUCAAAAAGAGCAUCACAAAAAGAGCUCUGAAGGCAUCUGGUCAAACUGAUCUUUCAGGAAACGCAUCCAAGGAUCUGAUGCUAAUGCACAAACUUGGCGAGACAAUUUCCCCAAUGAAGGAAGACUUUAUCAUGGUUCACUUACAACACUCAUGCUCACACUGCUGUAUACUAAUGGUUGUUGGAAUUCGAUGGGUCUGCAGACAAUGCAAAAAGUUUCAGCUCUGUGACAAGUGCAAUGAGGCCGAGCAAAAGCGCGAUGACAGAGAGAGACAUCCCAUUAACCACAAGGACAAGCACACACUUUAUCCCGUCGAAAUAUCUGGAAUCCCUGAUGACACCAAGGACACCGAGGUCGUAGAGAGUGAAUUCUUUGACACGAGACAGGCGUUCCUCAGCCUCUGUCAAGGUAAUCACUACCAGUAUGACACCCUCCGGCGAGCCAAGCACUCGUCGAUGAUGGUCCUGUACCAUCUUCACAACCCCACGGCCCCAGCCUUUGUGACUACGUGCGCCGUGUGCCACCUGGACAUAGAGGCCGGCCAGGGGUGGCGCUGUGACACGUGCCCAGAUUACGAUGUGUGUGGUGCCUGCUAUCGCAAGGACGGGGGUGUUGACCAUCCUCAUCCUUUGACCAGUUGCCAGUCGAGUGAACAUGACGCGCAGAACAAAGAAGCUAGGCAGUUACGGGUCACACAGCUGAGGAAAAUGCUUGAUCUCCUGGUGCAUGCUUCUCAAUGCCGGUCUGCACAUUGCCAAUAUCCGAACUGCCGGAAGGUGAAGGGACUUUUCCGCCACGGUAUGGGCUGCAAGACGCGUGCUUCUGGAGGUUGUCCUCUGUGCAAGAAAAUGUGGUACCUCCUCCAGCUGCAUGCCCGUGCUUGCAAAGAAACCGAAUGCACUGUACCUCGUUGCAGGGACUUGAAGGAUCACAUGAGAAGGCUACAACAGCAGUCGGAUUCACGUAGAAGGGCUGCUGUAAAUGAAAUGAUGAGGCAACGUGCUGCAGAGGUUGCCGGCAAUUCUUCAUAA